AUGUCUGUAAAAGCUGCCGCAAAAAUCGGAGUUGAAAUUCCUCGGUUUUGUUACCAUGAGCGUCUGGCAGUUGCAGGAAACUGCAGAAUGUGUCUCGUUGAAAUCGAGAAACAAAUUAAGCCGAUCGCAGCUUGUGCGAUGCCAGUAAUGAAAGGAUGGCGAGUAAAGACAAACUCGGAUUUGACCAAGAAAGCCAGGGAGGGAGUGAUGGAAUUUUUGUUAGUUAAUCAUCCCCUCGAUUGUCCGAUUUGCGAUCAGGGUGGCGAGUGCGACCUUCAGGACCAGAGUAUGGCAUUUGGAAGUGACAGAAGUCGAUUUGUUGACAUUAAUUUCAGUGGAAAAAGAGCCGUCGAGGACAAGGACAUCGGACCUUUAAUUAAAACUGUAAUGACUCGUUGCAUCCACUGUACCCGGUGCAUCCGAUUUGCUUCCGAAGUCGCUGGUAUCGACGAUUUAGGAACCACCGGAAGAGGAACCGAUAUGCAG